AUGGGAAAAGCUGGUUUGGGCCCCGUAGAUCCCAGCUCUUAUUCAAGACCAGAUCUCGCUCUGGUAAAAGAUAUAGCUCUAAAUCUAUCAGUUAGUUUCGAGAAGAAAAUUCUAUCAGGAAACGUUAUCUUAUCCGUCAGUAAAACUGAUUCUGCGAUCGAUGAACUGGUAUUGGAUACAUUUAAACUAAACAUAUCGGGAGUAUUCGAUAACGACAAUCAGCAGAAACUCGAGCACCGAUUGUUCGAUCAUCUACACGAAUUCGGAUCGAAAUUGAUCGUAAAACUACCCAAAACGAACUCAAACGAAUUCAAAAUUCGCAUCGAAUACGAAACGAGCCCCGACGCCAGCGGCCUACAAUGGAUCGAACCCGAAGCCACCGCAGGCAAGAAACAUCCAUUUUUAUUCAGCCAAUUCGAGCCCACUCACGCGAGAUCCGUUUUACCCUGCCAGGAUACACCCACCGUUAAACAAACCUACACCGCAUUAAUAACAUUUCCCAAAGAACUAACAGCCCUAAUGUCGGCGAUCGGGGGCGAUGUUACACCAUCGAAAAACAACACGAAACAAGCCCGGUUUACUCAGAAAGUCCCGGUGCCUUCGUAUCUCGUCGCCCUGGCUGUGGGCGCGCUGGAAUCGAGGCGAUUGGGGCCCCGGUGCAGCGUGUGGGCCGAGCCGGAGCUGAUCGAAGACUGCGCCUACGAAUUCGCCGAUACCGAACACCAGCUGAAGACGGCCGAGGAGAUUUGCGGGCCCUACGUGUGGGGCGUCUACGAUUUGCUGGUGUUGCCUCCGAGCUUCCCGUUCGGCGGAAUGGAGAAUCCUUGUUUGACUUUCGUUACUCCUACUUUACUGGCAGGUGAUAGAUCUUUGGCGAAUGUGGUGGCUCACGAGAUAGCCCACAGUUGGACCGGGAAUUUGAUAACGAAUAAGACCUUUGAGCAUUUUUGGUUGAACGAAGGUUUCACCGUGUUCACCGAGAGGAAGAUCAAAGGUCGAUUGGAGUCGGCGCAAUCGCAGGAUUUCGACGCUUAUACCAGCAUUAGCGAGUUAAAAGAAUGCGUUGAGAGAAUCGGUACGGAUAGUCCUUUAACUCAGUUAGUGGUGGAUUUGAAAGGGGUGCAUCCGGAUGAAGCUUUUUCUACGAUUCCAUACGAAAAAGGCCACACUUUUCUUAGAUAUUUGGAGAAUUUAGUAGGAGGAACAGAUGUAUUCGAACCAUUCCUUCGAACCUACUUCGAAACGUUCAAAUACAAAUCGAUCGAUACGGACGAUUUCAAAGCGUUCUUCAACGAUUACUUCAAAAAUAUCCCGGCGAUUUCGUCGAUUGAUUGGGAAACUUGGCUGUUUUCGCCCGGAAUGCCGCCGGUGAUACCCGAAUAUGAUACAUCUCUAGCGAUCGAAUGCGACGAAUUGUUAGAGAAAUUCCUGAAAUGGAACGGUCAGGGCGCCAUUCCGAUCACCGAGGGCGAUAAAAAUGUAUUGAGCACCAAUCAGAUUAUCUAUUUCUUGCAAAAAAUGCUCGACGCCGACGAGCAGAGCGUCGAUAAACUGAAGAAUUUGAACGAUUUGUUCGGUUUCGAUGGGGUUCGAAAUUCCGAGAUAAAAUUCAGGUGGUUGAGGAUUUGCUUGAAAGCCAAAUGGGCGGAUAAAGUACAGGAUGUGGUCGAUUGGAUAAACGUGGUGGGUAGGAUGAAGUUCGUGAGGCCUUUGUACAGGGACUUGUUCCAAUGGGAUGUCACCAAAAGCAAAGCUGUUGAGAAUUUUAAGGCUAAUAGGAGGAAUAUGAUGCAUGUUACUGCCUAUGUUUUGGCCAAGGAUUUGAAACUUGAACAGUAA